AUGCAGGGCCCCAACCGCGACGACAACGAAGGCUCAGGCAGCCUGGUGGGAGGCGCUGGGUCACCCAGUGGCCCAGGGGCCCCAUGGGCCCUGGAGACUGGGACAGCGAGGGAGCGGAAAGCGCUGCAGCUGAGGGAGAUCCCCAGGUCGACAGGGCAUCACCCGACUCAGGGCAGGCUGGAGAGGCCUUUGCCUCCGACAGAGACCUGGGAAGCCAGUGCCGUCACGGUGCCCUUCCAGUCCGCCGUGGAUGCGGAGGUGGCCCGCAGCUACCUGAUCCCAGGUGCUGCACUCUACCGCGGGAUGGUUCAUUGGGAGCUCACGGUGACUGGCAGUGACCUCCUUAUCCAAUUAACUGCUGAAGACUCUGACCUCCUGCGAAUUUCCACUGUCUCCCUGCUCAUCCAGCUCUUCAUAGUGGCGCAGAUCAUGCAGCACCUUGGGCCCCCCGAUUUUGCUAACUUUCAGCCCAAGAGAGCGGAAUGA